AUGGCAAAUGUAUCCAACAUUUUCCAAAAUAAUUUGUCGACCUUAAUUGAUGACGAUGGUUAUCCAAUAUAUAGACGCAAAGAUGACGGAAAGGUAAUCACCAAAAUAGGUGUUGACCUUGACAAUAGAUAUGUGGUUCCACACAAUAUGUUCUUACUAUUGAGAUAUGGUGCACACAUAAAUGUUGAGUGGUGUAACCAAUCAAGAUCAAUCAAGUAUUUGUUUAAAUAUGUGAACAAAGGAAAUGAUCGCGUCACAGCGACUUUCUACAAAACUGCAAACGAAAAUGCCAAGGAGGAUGAAGUUGAUGAAGUUAGCAUGUAUUAUGACUGUAGGUACAUAUCUCCAUGUGAGCCAGCGUGGAGAAUUUUUGGAUAUAAUAUUCAUUACAGAGAUCCAUCUAUAAUUAGGCUCAGAUUUCACAUACCCAAUAAGCAACCAGUGAUAUUCAAAGACCAUGAGAAUCUUGAUGAGGUUGCUAGACAAGCUUCUGUGAAGGAGUCGAUGUUUUUGGGAUGGUUUGAGGCAAACAAAGAAUACCAAGAAGCUCAUUCUCUAACUUAUGUAGAGUUUCCUACAAAGUUUGUUUGGAAGGCACAAGAAAGAGUUUGGGCACCACGGAAAUCACACUCGAUUAUUGGUAGGAUUUUUUUUGUGCCACUGGAGUCUGGUGAAAUUUAUUAUUUAAGACUACUCAUAAACUUUGUUAGAGGUCCUAUUUCCUACGAAGAGCUUAGAAUCGUAGAUGAUGUUUUGUACGAAACAUUCAGGGAUGCAUGUUACGCAUGUGGUCUAUUGGAUGAUGACAAAGAAUACAUUGAUGCAAUCGAAGAAGCAAACCUUACUUUGUCCAAUGAAGAGCUUAAGGAUUUCACUCUUAUAUACAUUGAGCACAAGUUGAAAAGUCACAAUAAAAGUCUUAAAGAUUUUCAAUCUAUGCCAUAUCCCGAUUUGGAUGCAUAUUCAACUGAUUUGAUCACAAUAGGAGUGAAUCUGCUAAUAUGUGAUGAGCUUUAUUAUGAUAGACAUAGACUCUCAGAUAAACACAACAUUCAACUAUCACAGCUAACUAAUGAGCAGAAAGGUGUAUACAAACAAGUUAUGGAUGCUGUUAACAAAAAGGAAGGUGUAGUUUUCUUCUUAUAUGGAUAUGGUGGUAUAGGAAAAAUAUUUGUAUGGAAGACUUUAGCAUCUGGGUUAAGAUCCAAAUGUCAAAUAGUAUUUACUGUAGCAUCAAGAGGAAUAGCAUCUUUGUUACUACCUGUGGAAGGACAGCUCAUGCAUAUUUUGUAA